AUUAAAUAUGCCACUUCUGCUUCACUGGUUUGUUUUCUUGGCAGUUUUGAGGCUCGGAUGAAUACAUUUUUCCGUGCAGAAGGGCUGUAUUGUAUCCAGUAUGCCCCCAUUGCAAGGGCAGAGGGGCUUUUGUGUGUAAGGGCAGAGGCCACGAGGGGGGGGGGGAGCACCCCGUGAAGACAUUGUACUUAACAUCACUAAAUACCUCGUGUGGCAUUGUCCUCCUCAGCCUCAUUGAGUGUGUUUGUAUGAAGCUGUGGUUUCAUACGCAGAGACAGAGCGUGGAGACCGUUCAUCCUCGUUCAAACGGAGGCCUUCAGAGAAGCGGAUGAAGAUCUGGGAGGUUAUGGGGUCAUAAAGAGCUGACAGACAAAGCCUGUGAUCAGCAUCAGUCUGUGCUGAUGACUGCAUUCACGUGUUUUUUUUUUUUUUUAAGCAAAUACAGAUUGUUGACAGCACCAGAAGACAAGCCUUCUUGCCCUGCCAGACCUCCUCUGCUUGUGGAUCUGUGUGCAGAGGAACGCCUCUUCGGUGGUUGUGACAAGGAGAAUUAGGCAGGAGAUGCCGGUUCACUUGCCCUGCGUAGGGGCUUAUCCUGGGUUAAGCUGAGGGACUAACAGCAAAGCCUGCCUUUGCUCCAGCCGGUCUGAGGGCAGAGGGAGCCAUCUGUCCACUCUGGGGAUAACUGAAAACAAAGGGAGCAAACAUUGAACAAAGACUACAAACUGAAGGCUACUCAUUUUGAUGAGACCAAAAAAGAAGACGAAGAUUUUGCAGAUCAGAGUGUUUACUUUAAAGAUCUCAUAACACAGAGGAUGUCUGACAAGGAAGAAAUGGCUUCAGAUGGGAGUCUGAAUGUUACCCUGACUCUGAGGCUGCUCAUGCACGGAAAGGAAGUUGGAAGCAUAAUUGGGAAGAAAGGAGAAACGGUGAAGAAAAUGAGAGAAGAGAGUGGCGCCCGCAUCAACAUAUCUGAGGGAUCCUCUCCGGAGAGGAUAGUGACCAUCACAGGCCCCACAGAAGGGAUUUUCAGAGCCUUCUCUAUGAUUGCACAGAAGUUUGAGGAGGAUAUUACAGCGGCGAUGACUAACAGCAACGUGACAAGCAAGCCACCUGUGACUCUGCGUCUGGUUUUCCCGGGAAGUCAGUGUGGGUCACUGAUCGGCAAAGGAGGCUCAAAGAUCAAAGAGAUCAGAGAGACCACAGGCGCUCAGGUUCAGGUGGCCGGAGACAUGCUGCCAGACUCCACAGAGAGGGCCGUCACCAUCUCCGGCACUCCGCAGGCCAUCACUCAGUGUGUGAGACACAUCUGCUCUGUGAUGCUGGAGUCUCCACCAAAAGGAGCGACUAUCCCCUACCGGCCCAAGAUCCUUGCGGCUGGAGCUCAUGCGGUUUUGGCUCCGCAGCACUCUGCACACGCCUUUGCAAUUCCAGGGCAGUAUGCUUUUGCGCAUCAAGAUUUGACCAAGCUUCACCAGUUGGCUAUGCAGCAUAUCCCCCUCCCUUCCCUUGGGCAGAGCAACCCUACCUUCCCUGGGUUGGAUUCCUCUGCCUCCACAAGUACACAAGAACUGGCAAUUCCUAAUGAUCUUAUUGGCUGCAUAAUUGGAAGACAAGGCAGCAAGAUCAAUGAGAUUCGACAGGUCUCCGGAGCUCACAUCAAAAUUGCCAGCGCCACUGAUGGCUCAGCCGUCCGCCAAGUCACGAUCACGGGUUCGCCGGCCAGUAUCAGCAUCGCCCAGUACCUCAUCAACGCCAGCUUAGAGAUGGCUAAAUACACCAUGCAGGCUGCUUCCUCCUCGACCCCCGUUGACCUGAACAUGAGCUUCUCCCAGUCCGCUUCCACAGGCUCUUCUGCUGCUUCUUCAAUGGCUGUCCUGGCAGCCUCCGCCCCAACCCCCACCACCAUUAACGUCCACUCCCCCUCCACCUUAUCAGCACUCCAAAACCCACAUUACGCCCUCCCCGUCUCCAGCCUGCUUGGCAUGAAAACUCUCCCCGUCCUGGCGGUCCAUCCGGCAGCCGCUUCCAGCCUAGCACAGGGUUUAUCCCCGUAUACUGCAAAAAUGCCCACGUCUGGCAUCAAAAAGUCUGACCGGCAGAAGUUUGCUCCCUAUUGAUGCCAGUUUAUGAAGUCUGGUUUCUGUGGCUCAGACGGGGCGACAUGUAGGGUUGAAAAUAGCUUCCAGGUGUGUUUCUGUGUAGGAUUUGUUUUUUAUAAACUAUGUUUUCAGUCAAAGGAGGCAGCAGAGGAGAGGGGCACAUACUUUAUGAAGACAAUCAGUUAUUGAGGGUAACUCAGGCUUUAUUUGAAUCCAGGGAAAAAGAUUUUUGAAAUCCAGAGCUUUACACAAAAAUGUAAUCUAGAAAAUAUCUUUUUUCAUUUUCCUCAUGUUGACUUCUUUUAUUUUUAAAGUAGUUUCAUUAGAAAAAGCAAUAUUUGAUGGUUUUAAGUCCCGGUGAAUUGUUGCAGCAGACUGUAAAGAUGUUUGUGUUAGAAGUAUUUUUUCUUUUCAUGUGUUCCUCUUUCUUCCACUGUAGGCUCUCAUCAGUGUUAACAGGCUUGGGGGUUCUGUAGUAGCUCUGCACUCUUGCAGCUCUGCUGGGAUUAUCUUAAAGCCACAAUGGAUUCUAGUGGAUUUCCCUCUUCCAGUAAUCCUGUAGAACAGGACUGGCCCGUCUCAUUUACUCGCGUCUUGUUUAUUUUCCAACAUGAACAAGUGGAGGGCUUCGACCGAGCACUGAUUAGAGAUUUUGAGGAACAUUUCGUUAAUGUGUUUUUUUUGCUGUAUGUCUACCACUGGACAAUGUAAUAUUUGUAAAUUAAUUUUAAAUAAAUUCAUCUUUUUAUUGCUA